CACGAAUUUUGACAGUUGGUGUAAACAUAUUUCUAUUUACCGUCUUAUCUAGUGAUGUAGUAAUGUAAACUUAGUCUACAAUCAAUCAUACUCUGUAUGUCAUGUAUAAUAAGAUAGUAAUCAUGUCAAAAAAGUCACAUCGAGCUGUAUGGAAUAAAUUGGAAAAGAUCGCUCUACAUUUCUCAAGUAUUGCCAGUAUUAAAAUAUUCGGACUCAGCCAAGCAUCUUCGGUGGUGCCGAAAGGUGCCGCUAGUGUAAAUGUCCUCCUAGUGUAAUGGUCCUCACUUUAACCGAGUUAACACGCUAAGUGUAUUAUGCUUUGGUAGUGGUUUGUGAAAAUAUUUUCGAUCGAAUACGUUACGAUUGUAUCUUAAACGUUAUCCUAACGAAUUAAGGAUUUACUAUUUCGAUGAAUUGCAUCAUGGAUUUACAUUAAAAACAAGUUUGUAUCCGUCAGAAUUUUGCUAGAAGUACUGACAGAUUAGCUAUGAUAAAAGAAAAAAAUCGUGUGACAACGACCCCUAAAUUUCUUCAAUACAACCUUCAAUCGAACAGUAUUUGUUUACAAAAUAAUAAUUUUAUUUUAUGUUUGUUACGGUAUUACACGCGUGCUUAUCUUACGGUGGGCGAUGUGAAGCGUGUGCCUGCGGAGUCCGCCGUUGCCAAUUCCGAUGCCACUUUGCGGAUGUUCUAAUGGGCUGGUGGCCACGGCUUUGGUGGCGCUCGCGUUGCUCCCUGUUCAGUAUUAUGUGCCAGACCUGUACGCGAGCCGUGAAGAACAACAAUCGGAUAUUUCCGACGGCAACCAAGUACCUCACAAGCGAGAUUGGUACGACACCCCUUUCGCUCACUUCCCUCCAUUGGACCUAAUAUUUGCGGCAGUUUUAUUCAUGUUGGCGUUCGCAACUUACUUAUGCGAGUGGAUUCAGAGAAAAUUAAUGGAAAGAAGAAUAGUCAAGUUAAACCGAUAUUUACGUACAAGUGUCCAGCGGCUGCGCGCUUGGGACAAUCGACAGGAACACCUGGAGACCGCCCUGCGCGCCGUCCAGGGCGCGACUGCGGAGUACAACUUGCUGCUGUACCUGCUGAUGCGCCAGCACCGCUGCCUCACCGCCCCGCACGCCCCGCACACGCCCCACGUCCCCCACAAUAUGCACGCACAACCCAACUGCCACAAUGACAAGGAGUUGGAAGACGAUUUUGCUUUUUUAAGAAGUCCCGCACUAGAAGUGCCGCUUCUAUGAGAUGUAUAGUGUUUCUGAUCUCCUAUUUAUUGUUUAAUAAAUGUAGUAUUGAUUUUUUGA